UUCUUGAUCAGAUCUUGGAUGGAGCUGAGGAAUUUCCUUUUUUUUUUUUUUUAAGAUUUUUUUUCAGUGAUCUCUACACCCAAGGUGGGGCUUGAACUCUCGACCCUGUGAUCAAGAGUCACACACUCUACCGACUGAACCAGCCAGACGUCCCAGAAUUUCCUUUUUUUUCUUCUCUUACUUUGAGAGAGAGCAUGAGCAGGGGAGGGGCAGAGAGAGAGGGAGAGCAAGAAUCCCAGGCACUGGGAGCACAGAGCCUUAUUCAGGGCUCAGUCCUGCAAAUCUUGAGAUCAUGACCUGAACUGAAAUCAAGAGUCAGAUGCUCAACCAACUGAGCCACCCAGGUGCCCCCAGAAUUUCCUUUUUAAUGAGCUUUUUGCAUCCUCAGAUUUAAGAUGUGGGAGUUUUCUAAUUUUAUGUAGGAGUUUUCUGGGGAAAAAAUCAUUUUCAUUAGAUUUGCAAAGGAACCCAUGACCUAAAAUAAGGUAGAGAAACACUGAAGUAUGGGAAAAGCACUUUUAUUAACUCUGAGACUUAACUAUAAAAAUCAAGAGUCAGGGGUGCCUGGGUGGCUCAGUUGGUCAGGUGACCGACGUCGGCUCAGGUCAUGAUCUCACAGUUUGUGAGUUCGAACCCCACGUCGGGCUCUGUGCUGACAGCUCAUAGCCUAGAGCCUGCUUCGGAUUCUAUGUCUCCUCCUCUCUCUACCCCUCCUCUGCUCACGCUCUGUGUCUCUCUGUCUCUUAAUAAUAAAUGUUAAAAAAAAUUUUUUUUGUUACAUCAACAGUAAGAUGUUCAACUGACUGAGCCACCCAGGCACCCCAAGAAAGACUAUUUCUUUCUCAUAAAAGUCUGAGUUUUCAGGUGACUGGCAGUGAUAAGGGUGGGUAGGGGUAGGCAGCUCUAUGGCAUUAGGUCAUCUAGAAACCCAGGUUCCAUUCUUCUUUUUGCUUCAGCACCUCCUAGGGGCUGUUGUCUUUCCUAUGGUAGAAGCUGGCUCACUUUCAUACUGUUGCAUUGCAAGCCUUUUGCAGGGGGUGGGGGGUAGGGAACAAAGAACUGGAGGACAGACAGCUCCCUGGUAAAGAUGUGAUGUCACCUGGGGGCACUUGGGUGGCUCAUUUGGUUAAGCGUCAGACUCUUGAUUUCGGCUCAAGUCACGAUCUCACAGUUCGGGUGUUCAAGCCCUUCAUUGUGUUCCGCGUUGGGGUCCAUGUUGGGCUCCUUGCUGGGCUCCAUGCUGGUAGUGCAGAGCCAGCUUGGGAUUCUCGCUCUCCUCCCUCUGCCCCUCCCCUGCUGACACACGUAUGCUCUCUCUCUUUCCAGAUAAAUAAGUAAACUUUAAAAAAAUAAACUAAAACUCCUUUAAAAAAAGAAAAAGAUGUGAUAUCACCCCUUUUAUUCAAAUCCCGUUUGUUAUAAUUUACUGACCUGGGCACACCUGCCUGCAAGGUGGCUGGGAAAUGUCUGUAGUUGGGUGGCCUUGUGGCCAGCUGAGAUUUCAAACCUUUGUCAAGGAGAAGGGGAGACUGGAUGUUGAAAGGCAAUUAGCAGUCGCUACUGCAUUGGCCUACCUAAGUUUUCUGCUGCUUGAGUCAGUCUUAGAAUAUUUUUUAACAAAAAUUGUUCUUUGGAAAAUUUUAUUUUUAUUGACAUACAAUUUUAAGAUGAUUUAUAUGUUAUAGCCCCUUUCUUGUUUCUAUUUUUGGUUUAUUGGUAUUUUUUCUUCUUUAGCCAGUGGCUUAUAUGUUCAUUAUUUAGAGAAUCACCUCCUUCCGUUCUCAGCUGUUUUGUUUUCUAAUUUAUUAGUUUCCUUAUUAUUUCUUCCUUAUGGUUUGCUUGUAAAUUAUUUUUCUUAUUUCAUUAGAUGUUUAAUAUUUUUAUUCUUUAAAAACAUGUUAGUUGUGGGGCACCUGGGUCACUCAGUCAGUUAAGCAUCCAACUUCAGCUCAGGUCAUGAUCUCAAGGUUCGUGAGUUCGAGCCCCACGUUGGGCUCUGUGCUGACAGUGUGGAGCCUGGAGCCUCCUUCAGAUUCUGUCUCCAUCUCUCUGCCCCUUCCCCGCUCGUGCUGUCUCUGUCUCUGUCUUUCUCUUGCUGUCAAAAUAUAAAUAAACAUUAAAAACAUUUUUUAAUGUUAGUUGAAUGUCUUUAGGGAUAUAAAUUUAAUCUUUUUAAAGUUUUGGCAGGAAUCAAUGAGUUUUUAAUCUAUUAUUCUCUCACUUUCUAAUUCACUGGCAAUUAAAGUUCUCUCUUAGACUUAAUAGGUAUUCAGGAGGGUUUAUUUUAUUUUCAUUCCCUGGUGAUUGAGUUUUUCCCUUCCUCCCUUCAGACUUAUGUUUGUAAUUCUACCACAUCAUGGUUAGAGAAUGUCAUUUAUUCAGUUUCUUGUUUUUGAUUGAGAUUUUCUUUAUUGUCAGUAGUCUUUGCAGUAUAUGAUUAAUAUUAGCAAAUGCUCCUUGAAUACUUGAAAAUAACUUUUGAAUAUGUUCCAGUAUACUCCAUAUUUAUUUUAAUUUCAUCUCUAGAAUUUGUAAUAGCCAUGCUUUAUACAGUUCUUGUUUUUCAGAAGAUACUGGUUAAUUAUUGCAAGUAUCAUUUCGGAUGAGCUGAUUGGCACAAACUUUAAGAUUAGGUUAAUAACGUUCUGCUGUUUAUUAAGCCAAAGCUCCUCAAUCUUAUGUGAAGUAAGGUGUUCAUUCAGGACAGGAGGACACUGAGCAUGCUUAUUAAUCAUAACAGAGUCCCUAACUGAGGGUCCAUGCAACUGCUGGUAACACAUUUUGCACAAAGUAGGGUUUCAGAACUUGGUAUGUCACUGUCCUUUUUUAUACAUGAAACUGCUAUUACCAUGUUGGAUGAAUUUAUAUUAACAAUCUGUACCAUUGGGUGUAAGGAAAUCUCAUUUAUCAGGCACACCUGGUUCUUGAACCAGACUCAGCAUCAGCAAGGUCACAUCCUCAUUUAAGAAGGGGGCCGGGAAGGGAAACGGUGCCUAGGUGUCUCUACUGGCUUAGUGGAUGGUCAUAUAUCUAGCCAUCAGGUUGCAUAUAUUUGUUUUUUUGAUUCGCUACUGGUCAGCUAAGUCAUAUUUGUAGAUAAGUAUUCUCUUACUUUUUAUUAUUUGUACCUUUCUGUCUCAUCAUAAACCUGUGGCCUUUCUCUGUUAACCAUAUUCAUUGUUUCUUUUUCUUUUUAUUAUAUUCUGUAUGUGUGCUAUUCUUCUUUCCACCAACUUUGAUGAAUGCUAUUAUAUGUUGUCAUACCAAACAGUGUGUUUAAAUCGCACUGCCAGUCCCAAAUUUAGGUGUCUUCAUUUUCUUUUUGUUGUUGUUGUGAAUUGUGGCUUGAAUAUUUUGGAAUGUAUCCUGACAUAAUGAUCUGUUUUAGUGUGUGUGUGUAUUUGUAGUGAGAGCUUUCUUUCGUUCUUUUUUUAAUCCACAAAUAUACUUAUUACUUCAUUUUUAAUUGAGAUAUAAUUGACAUAUUAUAUUAGUUUCAGGCAUACAACAUGCCAUACAGCGUGGUUCAAUAUGUGUAUAUAUUGCAAAGUGAUCACCACAAAUCUAGUUAACGUCCAUCACCACACCUAGUUACAAAUUCUUUUCUUGUGAUGAGAACUUUUAAGAUUUACUCUCUUAUCAACUUAAGAUAUACAAUACAGUAUUAUUAUGAACUUUAGUCACCAUUAUAUAUAUUACAUCUCCAGGACUUGCUUAUUUUAUAAGUGGAAGUUUAUAGCUUUUGACCACCUUCUUGCCACUGUUGAUCCCUGCCUCUGGCAACCACCAAUCUGUUUUCUGAACCUAUGAGUUCAAGUUUAGGUUUUGUUUUGUUUUGUUAUAUUCCACAUAAGAGUGAGGUCAUACUUGUUUACAUCUGUCUGACUUGUUUCACCUAGCAUAAUGCUCUCUUGGUGCAUCCAUGUUUUCACAAAUGGCAAGAUUUCCUUCUUUUUUUAUGGAUGAAUAAUAGUCGUGUAUCUGUGUCUCACAUUACCCAUUCAUCUGUCAACAAACACUUCCAUUCCUUGGCUUUUGUAAUUAAUGCUACAGUGAACCCAUGGGUGUGGAUAUCUUUUUGAAUUAGUGUUUUUGCUUCCUGUAUGUAAAUGCCCAGAAGUGAAGUUGCUGGGAAAUGUAGUACUAUUGUGAGUGUGUGUGUGUGUGUGUGUGUGUGUGUGUGUGUUGGGAAAAUGCAGUACUAUUUUUGAGAAACAUUUAAGACAAUUUUAGGUAUUAUUCUAGUUUUGUGAAAAAUGUUGGUAUUUUUAUAGGGAUUGCAUUAAAUCUGUAAAUUGCUUUGGGUAGUAUGAACAUUUUAACAAUAUUGGUUCUUCCAAUGCACGAGCACAGAGUAUUUUUCCAUUUAGUGUCUUAUGGUUAAAUCUUAUGUAUAGAUCUUUCACCUCCUUGGUUAAAUUUAUUCCUAGGUAUUUUAUUCUUUUUUGAUACAAUUGUAAAUGGGAUUAUUUACUUAAUUUCUCUUUCUUACAGUUCAUUGUUAGUGUGUAGAAACACAGCUGAUUUUUAUAAGUUGAUUUUGUGUCCUGAAAAUUUACUGGAUUUGUUUAUUCAACAGUUUUUUGGGAGAGUCUUUAGGACUUUCUAUAUAUAAUAUUAUGCCAUCUGCAAAUAGUGACAGUUCUUUUCCAAUUUGGAUGCUUUUUAUAUCUUUUUCUUGCCUAAUUUCUCUAGCCAAGACUUCCAAUGUCAUGCUGAGUAUAAAUGAUGACAAUGGACAUCCUUGUCUUGCUCUGUUCCUGAUCUUAGAAAAAGUUUUAUCAUUUCACCAUUAAGUGUGUUAGCUGUGGGCUUGUCAUAUAUUGCCUUUAUUAUGUUGCAUUAUGUCCUCUCUAUACCCCCUUUGUUGACAGUUUUUAUCAUAACAGAUGUUGAAUUUUGCCAAAUGCUUUUUCUGCAUCUGUUGAGAUGAUCAUACGAUUUUUAUUCUUCAUUUUGUUAAUGUGGUGUAUCACAUUGAUUGCCUUGCAGAUAUUGAACCAUCCUUGCAUCACUGGAAUAAAUCCCAGUUGGUCAUUGUGUAUGAUCCUUUUGCUAUAUUGUUGAAUUGAGUUUGCUACUAUUUUGUUGAGGAAUUUUGCAUCUGUGUUCAACAGGGCUAUUGACCUCUAAUUUUCUUUUCUUGUGUCCUUGCCUGGAUUUGGAAUCCAGGUAAUGCUAGCCUUGUAAAAUCAGUUUGGAAGUAUUCUUUCCUCUGUUUUUUCAAAGAGUUUGAGAACAGUUGGUAUUAAUUCUUCUUAAAUGUUUGAUAGAAUUCAGCAAUGAACCUACCUAGUCCUGGACUUUGUUUUUUGGGGGAGAUUUUUUAUUAUUGAUUCCAUCUCCUUACUAGUAAUCGGCCGUCAGAUUUUCUCAGUCUUCACGAUUCUGUCUUAGUAGAUCACAUGUUUUAGGAAAUUACUUGUUUCUUCUAGCUUGUCUAAUUUGUUGGCAUGAUCUUUUUUAGAUCCAUAUUGCCUUCAGCUUUCAUGGGUGGCAUAUGAAUCAACUAGGGAUCUUAUGAAAAAGCUCAUUCUGAUUCAGUAGGUUCUGUAGUUGAACCUCAGAUUUUGUAUCUUUCACAACCUCCCCAGUAAUGUUCAUGCUGCUGUUCUUCAGACUACGCUUGUGAAUACAAACCUCUUGGAUGCAUAUUCUUUUUAAAAAAAUUUUUAAGUGUAUCUAUUCAUUUCAAGAGAGACAAAGAGAGCAAACGGCUGAGGGGCAGAGAGAGAGGAAGAGAGAGAGUCCCAAGCAGGCUCUGUGCCAUCAGUGCAGAGCUUGAUACAGGGCUCAAACUCAUGAGCCACAAGAUUAUGACCUGAGCUGAAAUCAAGUGUUGGACACUUAGGCUGAUUGAGCCACCCAGGUGCCCCAAAGUGGUUCAUUUUUAGAUGAGUCGAUGAUUGUGGCAAAGGAAGAUUGAAUUAUUUUUUUUUCACAUCACACAGCAAAUUGAUUUAGUGGAAAAGGUGUGAGCAUUGGAAUUAGACUGAUUUGAGGUCAUAUAUGGCCUCAGGUAAAUUGUGUAGUUUUUCUAAGCCUCAUUUUCUUCACAGUGGAGUGGAAAUAUAAUUACCAUUGGGUUGAUGUGAAAUUCGAACAAAAAGGUAUUUUUAGGGGAACCUGGCUGGCUCAGUACAGCAUGCAACUCUUGAUCUCGGGGUCAUUGAGUUCAAGCCCAAUGUUGGGGGUAGAGUUUACUCAAUAAAAAGUAAAUAUUUUUUUAAAAGAAAAGAUAUUUUAUUAUUAUUAUUAUUUUUAUUGUCAAGUUAGCUAACAUACAGUGUAUACAGCAUGCUCUUGGCUUUGGGAGUAGAUUUCCAUGAUUCAUCAUUUACCUACAAUACCCAGUGCUCAUCCCAAAAAAUGCCCUCCUCAGUCACCCAUUUUCCCCACCUCCUGGGUCCCCAACCCCCAUCAACCCUCAGGUUGUUCUCUGUAUUUAAGAGUCUCUUAUGGUUUACGUCCCUCUCUGUUUGUAGCUAUUUUUUCCUUCCCUUAUCCCAUGAUCUUCUGUUAAGUUUCUCAACCUCCUCCUAUGAGUGAAAACAUAUGAUAUCUGUCUUUCUCUGACUUAUUUCAUUUAGCAUAAUACCCUCCAGUUUCAUCCACAUUGUUUCAAAUGGCAAGAUUUCAUUCUUUUUUGUUGCCAAGUAGUAUUCUAUUGUAUGUAUGUGUGUAUACAUAUAUACACCACAUCUUCAUCCAUUCAUCAGUUGACGGACAUGUGGUCUCUUUCCAUAAUUUGGUUAUUGUUGAUAGUGCUGCUAUAAACACUGGGAUACAUGUGGCCCUAUGAAUCAUCACUCCUGUAUCCUUUGGAUAAAUUCCUAGUAGUGCAUUGCUGGGUUGUAGGGUAAUUCUAUUUUUAAUUUUUUGAGGAACCUGCAUGCUGUUUCCCAGAAUGGCUGCACUAGUUUGCAUUCCCACCAAUAAUGCAAGAGGGUUCCCCUAUCUCCACAUCCUCAUCAAUGUCUGUUGUUUCCUAAGGUUUUAAUUUUAGCCACUCUCAUUAGUGUGAGGUGGUAUCUCAAUAUGAUUUUGAUUUGCAUUUCCCUGAUGACGAGUGAUGUUGAGCAUUUUUUCACAUGUCAGUUGGCCAUUUGGAUGUCUUCUUUUUAGAAGUGUCUAUUCAUGUCUUUUGCCCAUUUCUUCACUGGAUUAUUUAUUUUUCGGGUGUUGAGUUUGGUAAGUCUUCAUAGAUUUUGGAUACUAACCCUUUAUCUGAUAUGUCAUUUACAGAUAUCUUCUCCCAUUCCGUUGGUUGCCUUUAAUUUUGUUGAUUGUUUCCUUUGCUCUGCAGAAGCUUUUUAUCUUGAUGAGGUCCCAGUAGUUCAAUUUUGCUUUUAUUUCCCUUACCUUUGGAGAUGUGUCAAGUAAGAAGUUGCUGCGGCUGAGGGCAAAGAGAUUGUUGCCUGUUUUCUAGGAUUUUGAUGGUUUCUUGUCUCGCAUUUAGGUCUUUCAUCCAUUUUGAAUUGCAAGAAAGUGGUCCAGUUUCAUUCUUCUGCAUGUUGCUGUCCAGUUCUCCCAGCACCAUUUGCUAAAGAGACACUUUUUUUCUAUUGGAUACUCUUUCAUGCUUUGUCGAAGAUUAGUUGGCCAUACAUUUGUGGGUCCAAUUCUGGGUUCUCUGUUCUAUUCCAUUGGUCUGUUCUUUUCCAUGUGUCUGUUUUUGUGCCAAAUACCAUACUGUCUUGAUGAUUUCACCUUUGUAGUACAGGCUAAGGUCCAGCCAGGAUUGUGAUGCCUCCAGCUUUAGUUUUCUUUUUCAACAUUACGUUGGCUAUUUGGGGUCUUCUGUGGUUUCAUACAUAUUUUAGGAUUGUUUGUUCUAGCUCUGAGAAGAAUGUUGGUGCUAUUUUGAUUGGGAUUGCAUUGAAUGUGUAGAUUGCUUUGGGUAGUGUCAACAUUUUAACAAUAUUUGUUCUUCUAAUCCAUGACCAUGGAAUGUUUUCCCAUUUCUUUGUGUCUUCAGUUUCUUGCAUAAGCUUUCUAUAGUUUUCAGUGUACAGAUCUUUUACCUCUUUGGUUAGGUUUAUUCCUAAGUAUUUUAUGGUUCUUGGUGCAAUUGUAAAUGAGAUCAGUUCCUUGAUAUCUCUUUCUGUUGCUUCAUUAUUGGCAAAUAGAAAUGCAACUUGAUUUCUGUACAUCGAUUUUAUAUCUUGUGACUUUGCUGAAUUCAUGUAUUAGUUCUAGCAGUUUUGGGGUGGAGUCUUUCCGGUUUUGCAUGAAGAAUAUCAUGUCAUCUGCAAAAAGUGAAAGUUUAACUCCUUUGCCAAUCUGGAUGCCUUUUAUUUCAUUUUGUUGUCUGAUUGCUGAGGCUAGGACUUCCAACACUAUGUUAAACAAAAGUGGCGAAAGCGGACAUUCCUCUCGUGUUCGUGAUCUCAGGGGGAAAGCUCUUAGUUUUUCCCCAUUAAGGAUGAUAUUAGCUGUGGGUCUUUCAUAUAUGGCUUUUACGAUGUUAAGGUAUGUUCCUUCUUUCCUGACUUUCUUGAGGGUUUUUAUUAGGAAAGGAUGCUGUAUUUUGUCAAAUGCUUUUCCUGCACCUAUUGACAGGAUCAUAUGGUUUUUAUCCUUUCUUCUGUUAAUGUGCUGUAUCACAUUGAUUGAUUUGCGAAUAUUGAACCAGCCCUGCAGCCCAGAAAUGAAUCCCACUUGUAUUUUAAAAGAUCCUUGUACAAUGUCUGGCCUACUAGUUGUGACUACAUUUAAUGGUAUUAAAAUAUCACAAUAUCCAGGAGCAAGGAUCUUUUUUUUCUCACUGAUCUUGGAGGUUAAUCUUGUGUCCUUUAGUCAUGCUUCCUUGUAAUGUCAGGAUUCCAAUGAGGUAAUUCUGAGAUUUCCAAGGCAGGAUUGAUUUUCAUUGCUUAUUUCUCUUUCUCAGCCAUGUCUUUGCAGGACCCCACUCUCAGCAGAGAGGGGAACACAGAGGAAGAGAUUAUGGCCGCUGUGGUUUUUUCUGUUGGACCUCUGAAGUGACCAAGUUUAAUAGAUGACAUGGAGAGAAAGAAGAUGUUUAAGACACAGAGCUUGGCUGUAGGGUGCUUACAGUCUCAUUGAGUCUUGUGUUUGUCAUUGUCUCAAACAAAGUUGAAGAAGAUGAUUGGAUGUUACUGUGGGACCAAUCCUGAAGUUUCCAAGCCAGAUGAAGACCUUAACCUUCAGGCUGAAGAACCAGAAUUGGAAAAGGAUUCUGUGACAUUUAAAGAUGUGGCUAUAGACUUCUCAUUAGAAGAGUGGAGGUUGAUGGACCUUUCCCAGAAGAACCUGCACAAGGACGUGAUGCUAGAGAAUUACAGGAAUCUUGUCUCCCUGGGGCUUGCAGUUUCCAAACCAGACAUGAUAUCUCACCUGGAGGAUGGCAAAGGACCGUGGGUGGUAGUGAGGGAAAUUGCAAGAACCCCCUAUCCAGAGCUGGAGACCAAACCUGCAGCCAAGAAUGUUGUAUCAGCAGAAAAUACUUCUGAAGAUGUAUCACAAGAGACCAUAAUAGAUAAACUCACAGAGAACAGUCUGUGGAACCCCAGAAUGGGAGGAUUAUGGAAAUGGAAUGAAAGGCUAUUGAGAUUGCAAAAUAGUCAGGAAAAUCAUUUGAGUCAAAGAAUAGUUACUCACAGGAAAAUUUCCACUGGUCAAAGAGGAUUUAGAUUUGGAUCUAUUCUUUUUCCAGAAGCGGGAGUUAUCACAGAAGGGCCCCACGGCAAAUGCCAAACACGUGAAAAUUUCACUGAGAAUUUAGAUUUGAUUACAGAUACCCAUCUAGGAAAGAAAAUCUGCAAGGAUACAGAAGGCAGCAAAGCUGUAAGGCCUACUUCAGAACUUACUUUAGGGAAAAAAAACAAUAAUAAAGAAAAACCCUAUCAAUGUAGUACCUGUGAAAAGUCCUUUCGUUACAGGUCAUUACUGAUUCAACAUCAGAGAACGCACACUAAAGAAAAACCUUAUGAAUGUGAUGAAUGUGGGAAAAUGUUCAGCCAGCCUUCAUAUCUCAGUCAACAUAAAAAAAUUCAUACUGGAGAAAAACCCUAUAAGUGUAACGAAUGUGGAAAGGCCUUCAUUGCUUCUUCAUCACUUAUGGUACAUCAGAGAAUUCAUACUAAGGAGAAACCUUAUCAGUGCAAUGUCUGUGGAAAAUCUUUUAGCCAGUGUGCUCGCCUUAAUCAACACCAGAGAAUUCAAACUGGAGAGAAGCCCUAUAAAUGUCGUGAAUGUGGGAAAGCUUUCAGUGAUAAAUCAAAACUCGCAAGACAUCAGGAGACUCACAAUGGAGAGAAACCCUACAAAUGCAAUGAUUGUGGGAAAGCCUUUAGGAAUAAGUCCUAUCUUAGUGUACAUCAGAAGACCCAUACUGAAGAGAAACCAUAUAAAUGCAAUGAAUGUGGGAAAUCUUUCAAGAAUACCACAAUUUUUAAUGUUCAUCAGAGAAUUCAUACUGGAGAGAAACCCUUUAGAUGUAAUGAAUGUGGGAAAGCCUAUAGAAGUAAUUCAAGCCUUAUUGUACAUAUAAGAACUCAUACUGGGGAAAAACCUUAUGAAUGUAAUGAAUGUGGGAAAGCAUUCAAUCGUAUAGCAAAUUUCACAGAACAUCAAAGAAUUCAUACAGGAGAAAAACCCUAUAAAUGCAACGAAUGUGGAAAAGCAUUCAUUAAUUAUUCAUGCCUUACCGUACACCACAGAAUGCAUACAGGAGAGAAACCUUAUAAAUGUAAUGAAUGUGGAAAGGCCUUCAUGCGUUCUUCAUCCCUAAUUAUACAUCAGCGGAUUCAUACUGAAGAAAAACCUUAUCUGUGUAAUGAAUGUGGGGAGUCUUUCAGAAUAAAAUCACACUUAACUGUGCAUCAGAGGAUUCAUACUGGAGAGAAACCAUAUAAAUGUACUGACUGUGAGAGGGCAUUUACCAAAAUGGUAAAUCUCAAGGAGCAUCAGAAAAUCCAUACUGGAGUGAAACCUUAUAAAUGCUAUGAUUGUGAGAAAUCUUUCAGGACUAAGUCCUACCUUAUCGUACAUCAAAGGACCCAUACUGGGGAAAAACCAUAUAAAUGUAAUGAAUGUGAAAAGGCUUUCACUAACACAUCGCAACUUACCGUACAUCAAAGAAGGCAUACUGGAGAAAAACCCUAUAAAUGUAAUGCGUGUGGGAAGGUUUUCACAAGUAACUCAGGCUUUAAUACCCAUCAGAGAACACAUACUGGAGAGAAACCAUUUAAAUGUAAUGACUGUGGGAAAGCAUUUAGCCAGAUGGUACACGUCACAGAACAUCAGAAAAUCCAUAGUGGAGAGAAACCCUAUAAAUGUGAUGUCUGUGGAAAAGCCUUCAGGAGGGGUUCCUACCUUACAGUGCAUUGGAGAACACAUACUGGAGAAAAACCCUAUACGUGUAAGGAAUGUGGAAAAGGUUGUAUCACUCUAUCACAGUUAACUCUUCAUCAGAGAAUUCAUACUGGGGAAAGGCCCUACAAAUGUGAAGAAUGUGGAAAAGCCUUCAGAACCAACUCAGAUUUUACUGUACAUUUGAGGAUGCAUACUGGAGAAAAACCCUAUAAAUGUCAUGAAUGUGGAAAAGCCUUUAGGAGUAGCUCAAGCCUUACUGUACAUCAAAGAACCCAUCAGAGAGAAACUCAAUUAAUAUAAAAAGUAACAAACCAUUCAUCCAGAUGUCAGCUCUACAAGGAGAAUGUUAUAAACUGUGUCUUUUAUGAAUGUGGGAAAACGUUCAGGAGCAAUUCACCAGAAAACACACACUUAAGGGAUACUUUAUAAACAUAAAAAUGUGGAAAACUCAUAUUAAAUCUUAGAAGUUACAAGCAAAUUCACAGUAGAGAAAAAUAGUGGACAAAUGAAAGCCUUCACCCAGAUUUCAUACUUUGUUCACUUAAAUUAUCUUCAAUGAAUUGCCUAUAAUUUUUUACCUAUUUUUCUAUUGGUUUGUCUUUCUUACAAAUCUGGAGGUGCUCUUUAUAUACUUGAAAUAUUAAUCCUUUGUCAUGUGUGUUUGAAAAUUUUUUAAUCUAGCAUUUGUUUUUAUGCUUUUUUAUAUGGUAAAAGAAGUUGCCACAUUUUAAUUUUUCAUAGAUAUUUAUUUUCCUUUUUAGAUUAAUUUACUCUUUUAGUUAAAAGAGUCUCCUUAAUCCCUAGGUUAUACAUAGUGUUCUAAAUUUGUUUCUAAGAUUUUGUUAAUUUUAUAUCUUAUAUUAAAGUCUUUAAUCUGUCUGAACUAGAUGGCUAGUCAUAGAAGAGCAAAUUGCCAUUAAUCUCUGAAAAUAUUAUGAACCUAAGGUAGUACUCAGGGAAAUGCAAAUUAAAACAACCAAUGAGAUGUCACCUCCACUAAAUGGAGUUGGCAAAAAUUAAGAGAUCUUUUGGUAGUGGGAUUUGGGAAACCAUGUACUCUUAACACAAACGGUUAUAUCAACUUCUAUUUCCACCAGCAAUUAAGCAAUAUGUAUUCAAAUAUUUUAAUAACAUUUUAAAAUAAAAAUACUUUGACCUAGCAGUCUCACUUUGGGGAUCUUCCCCACAGAAAUAACAUCAUCAGUGCAUAAGAAUACACAUAAGUCAGGAUUUUUGUUGAAGUAUUGUUUGUAGAGGCAAAGUAGAAAACCAAGUGGAGACUAAGUGAAUGCCCAUUAAUUGGGAAAUGGUUGAAUAAAGUGUGAUAUAGCCUUUCUAUGGAACAGCAUGAGAGUAAUUUUUAAAAUUAGUUAUAUCUACACUAGUUGAUCUCAAGGUAUUUCCACAAUUUUUAAUAACUAAUUGCUUUAUUGCAGAGCUUUAUGUGUACAGGAUUUCAUUUUUUGUUAAAUGAUCAUUCCCAUUUAUGUAUAUAUGUGUAUGUGAUGAGCAUGGAAACAAGUAUAUAUACUUGGCUGAAUAUAUACCAAGCUGUUAAUAUUGGUUACCUUGAAGGAAGGGAGAAGAGAAGUAGGGGAAAGGACUAGAAAAAAAAAUUUUUUUUAAUGUAAGUGCAGCAUGUAUGGUAUAAAAUUCUAUAUAAAACUGUAUUUGUAUGAACUUUUGAGAACUACGAAUGAAGGAUGGUCUCCAAAAAGUUAGAUUGUUUUAGAGUUGGGGGAGUAUGCAGUACUUUUUGUCCGAUUACUGCACUUCUAUGUAUUUUAUAAGCUUUCCUUCCCAACAAGCAUGUGAUAUUUAACAUAAACAGGAAACACCUAUUUUACUUGUGAAGGUAAUUUACUGGACACCUGUUAUGUACCAAGAAUUGCCCUAAUAUAUUGGCAGGGUAGGGACAGUCAGGAAUCUAAGAGCAUGGGAAUUUGUUCUGAUGCUGCAUAGAUUCCAAACAAGUUACCCAGCACCUCAUUCCACCCACCCUCUCGGUUUCAUUUAGAAGAGGUAGUAAUUUCAGACAAAUGAGAAACGUACCCAAGAAUAUCUGGGACUUGUGUUCAGGCUAUAAACCAGAAAACUGCAAGCCUCAAGAGAAGCUCCACCUUUAACAUGGCACCAAAGAAAAGGUCACAGUUAUGAAAAGUUCCAUGUACAGCCUCAUAGAACAUUACAUGAUGGAAUAGAGAAAGGGAAACAACCAGACACCCAAGUCCAUAAAAAAGGAAGUCUUGGGAGUUCUGGAAAUACUAAGAGUCCUGGAACAAAGAUGAGAACCAAAAGGCUAUGGCCCUGAUAUCAGAAGGCCAUAACAAACCAUGGACCUGAUACCCAAAAAGGACAAGACAUGAUGAGCUAUACUUCAGUGGAGGCUGAAGAAAAGAGAAUCCCAGUACUCCUCCCACAAUGUUGGAAUAUGUAUAUAUCCAAUAUUGGGGAGGAGAUAUUGGAUAAAUGAUAGGAGCUACCUCCCAUUACAAGUAAAUAAUUUGACACUGGUUAAAAUGACCAUUUCUGAUUGAAUUUUAAUAAUGGAAUUUUCGAAUUGUUACCAAGAGACAUACCUCCUUUGGAUGUAAUGUAUGGGUUUCUGAUUGGAAAGUUUAGAGUUACACCUUGACAUACUAUCCUUAAGAAACCUUGCUGUUAAACAGUUGACAUGACUUGAUGCCUACUCUGUCAGCUGCUUCUUUCUACCUCCUAACCCUCACCACACAUAAAACCCUCUGCCCUGCUUUAGAGCCAAACAUUUCAAGAAGAGGAGCAUCGUCAGCAGGUUCAAAUGACAUAACUGAAAAGUGUCCACAGGGUUAGGGGACGGAGAUGGCACAGGCUACCUUUACAAGAGCAGUUUCGGGGCGCCUGGGUGGCUCAGUCGGUUAAGCAGCCGACUUAGGCUCGGGUCAUGAUCUCGCGGUCUGUGAGUUCGAGCCCCGCGUCGGGCUCUGUGCUGACAGCUCAGAGCCUGGAGCCUGUUUCAGAUUCUGUGUCUCCCUCUCUCUGAACCUCCCCCGUUCAUGCUCUGUCUCUCUCUGUCUCAAAAAUAAAUAAACGUUAAAAAAAUUUUUUUUAAUACAAGAGCAGUUUCAAUGGAGAGGUAAGCCUGGUUCUAAUGUAUGGCAGUAUCUCAUUAUAGGUUGAAUUUGCAUUUCCUUUAUGGCUAAUGAUGUUGAGUCUCCUUUUAGGUGCUUUUUGAAUAUCCUCCUUUGAGAAGUGCCUGUUCAAGACUUUUGCCCAUUUUGGGAGGCACCUGGGUGGCUCAGUUGGUUAAGCGUCAGAGUUCAACUCAGUUCAAUGGAGUGCAGCCUGGAGCCUGCUUUGGAUUCUGUGUCUCCCUCUUUCUAUCCCACCCCCGUUCGUAUGCUGUCUCUCUCAAAAAUAAACGUAAAAAAAGAAACUUUAAGACUUUUGCCCAUGUUUUAAAUUGGGAACUCUGUUCAUUUGUAGGAUUCUUUCUAUAUUCUGGGUGCAAGGUACCUUUUUUUUAAUAUUUUUUUUGGGGGGGAGUGCAAGUGGGGGAGGAGUAGAGCGAGGGGGACAGAGGAUCUGAAGCAGGCUCCGCGCUGACAGACUGACAUCAGUGAGCCCAAUGUGGGCUUCAAACUUGCAAACCACAAGGUCAUGACCUGAGCCGAAGACAGACACUCAACCAACUGAGCCACGCAGGUGCCCCACAAGGUACUUUUUAGAUACUUAUAUCACAGACAUCAUCUCCAGCUUGCCUUUUCACUCUCCAAAUGAUGUCCUUCAAUGAACAGAUGUUUUUAAUUUUAAUAAAAAAUAA